AUGGAGGAAAGAAAACCAACUUCAAUAUUCACUGACCAGGACCAAGCAAUGGCAAAUGCUAUACUAGAGGUGAUUCCUAAUACAAGACAUAGACUUUGUAUAUGGCAUUUGGAGCAAAAUGUCAGAACCAGAUUUGGAGCUCUUAAAAAAGACAAAGAAUUCAAAUUUGCAUUCAACCAGUGCUUAAAGAUGUGUGUGAUAAAACAAGAAUUCGAAGCAAAGUGGCAAGCAAUGUGGCAAAAAUAUGAGUUGACAGAACACUCUUGGUACAAAAGAGUGUAUGAGUUGAAAGACAAAUGGUGUCCUGCCCUUUGUAGAGAUUUCUUUUCAGCAGGGAUCUUAUCGUCACAAAGGAGUGAAAGCACUAAUCAUGCCAUAGGAUUCAGAGCAAGUAAAGCAACUACUUUGAAAGAAUUUUAUACCAUAUUUAAGAAGACAACUAAUCGUUGGAGAAGCACAGAGAAAUAUGAUGAGUUUACCUGUAGCAAGUCAAUAGCAUUCACUUCAUUGCCUCUAUCUAGAAUGCUAAAGCAUGCCGCACAGGUUUUCACUUUAUCACUCUUUAGAAAUUUUGAAGAGGAGUUUGGAUACUCUAUGGCAACAACUGUUCAGAUGUUAGGCAGUAAUGAAGAAUGCCUACUUUAUCAAGUAACACUAGAAGACAAGCCAUGGUCUGCACAUCAAGUAAACUAUAUACAAGAUAGGCUAACUAUAUGGUGUACUUGCAAAAACUUUGAAGCAUCUGGAUGGUUAUGUUAUCAUUGCAUCAGAAUUCUACAUUUGCAUUUAGUAACAAGAAUACCAGACAAGUAUGUUUCAAAAAGAUGGACUAAGUUUGCAAAAACAGAGGCAUGGGAUAGGUUGAAGAAUCAGGAUCCUAAACAACAAUAUAUUCCAUGGAGGCAAACAAUGAUGAGGAAAUACUACAAUCUAAUCUUAAAAAGUCAAGAAAAUGAAGAGACAAGAGCAUUUAUGGAAGAAAGCUUCAGAAACAGUCUUAAAAUGGUGGAAGACUUACUUGCUAGUGCUGCUCAGAAAGAAAGUGCAGAAGCUGCUUCUAACAUUCCUGAUGUGGCAGACAACACUCAAAGCAAUACUGACGCUUCUUCAGCAUCGAGUACAAGCACAUGUGUACCAAUAAUUCUUGAUCCUAAAAGGGCUGUAAAAAAAGGAAGAAGCAAGAGAACAAAAGGAGGACUUGAAAAAAGCAAGAGAAAAAGAAAACCAGCACUGCCACCUCCAAAUUCAGAAUUUGGAUCAAAGACACCUAACUUACGACUCUUUUAA